GCUGGUGGAAUACUCAAUACAGAGAUGGGGAAGGAAAGAAGGAAAUGAACAAUGACUUUGAGUGGCUGCUUCUUUCUUCCCAAACAGUCUCCAUUCUACCUCUUCUCCCUGUCUUAUUGUUAUUCUUCGGCUGCGCCGUCUUUGAUUCUCCGGCCGUCUGUUCCGCGCUCUGUCCUACGCCUUACUACUCCCUUUCUCCACCGUCCUCCAUCUCACCACCUAAAUCCAAAACGUACAAUUAAAAGCAGCAGCACCUGCCUCAAGUCAACGCCUACUACACUCUCAGCAGCAGCAGCAGCAUCAGCAGCCAUGGCGGCCUUCUCCGAACAAGCUAGGGUUCCCCCGGCUCUGCAGUUACCCACCCCUCCCAUCACCAAGUUUAAAAUUGGUCUCUGUCAAUUGGCUGUGACGCCGGACAAGGAGAGGAACAUCCUUCAUGCUCGGACUGCCAUUGAGGAGGCUGCUGAGAAAGGCGCUAAACUCGUCGUUUUACCCGAAAUAUGGAAUGGUCCAUAUUCAAAUGAUAGCUUUCCGGUUUAUGCUGAGGACAUCGGUGCUGGUUUUGAUAAAUCUCCUUCUACAGCCAUGUUGUCUGAAGCUGCUCGUCUUCUGAAGGUCACUAUAAUAGGAGGAUCAAUUGCUGAAAGAGACGGGGAUAAAUUGUAUAAUACUUGUUGUGUCUUUGAUACAGAUGGAAAUCUGAUAGCUAAACACAGGAAGAUACACCUUUUUGAUAUCGACAUUCCUGGUAAAAUUUCCUUCAAGGAAUCAAAGACUCUUACUGCUGGGGAGUCUCCUACAGUUGUAGAUACUGAGGUUGGACGGAUUGGCAUUGGUAUCUGCUAUGACAUUCGAUUUCAAGAAUUGGCAAUAUUGUAUGCAGCAAGAGGAGCACACUUGAUUUGCUAUCCUGGUGCAUUCAAUACAACUACUGGGCCAUUGCAUUGGGAGUUACUCCAAAGAGCAAGGGCCACAGAUAAUCAGUUGUAUGUAGCAACUUGUUCACCAGCUCGAGAUCCUGGAGCUGGAUAUCAGGCUUGGGGCCAUUCCACUCUCGUUGGACCAUUUGGAGAAGUGCUAGCAACUACAGAACACGAAGAAGCUAUAAUUGUAGCAGAGAUUGACUAUUCGCAAACUGAACUCAGAAGGACUAAUCUUCCACUGGAGAAGCAAAGGAGAGGUGACCUUUACCAGUUGGUAGAUGUUCACAGGUUGAAUUCAAAAUGAAUCUGUUGAAGAACAUUAUAAGUUGCUACUGAUGUAUAAUUAAUUGCAUUAAUCAUCAGAAGUACCACCGUUGUGUGGAAUAAUAUGAAACACUCAGUAUUUGCAGCCACCAGAGGAAGCUUAUUGGUUUACUUUAUCUAUUUACCUGUGAUCACAAAAAUUUUUUGGUGACCUCGACCCUUCAAAUUUUGGAGGAAUUUAAGUCACAAAUUGGCUGAGAAGUGCCAUA